AUGGCGAUCCGCCACCUCCUAACCCUAGCUCGCCGUUCCCAUUCUCCUCUCACCCACACCCUCCGCCCAUUCUCCACCUCCUCCGCCGUCUCUGCCACCGCACCACCACCACCAACCCCCUCUCCUCCUCCUCCAAACGUCAUGAUCUACGACCGCUUCGCCGAAUCCGUCAAACACAAGCUCAAACAACUCGACAACCCCGACCAUAGGUUCCUCAAGCACAACUCCCCUCACCCAACCCUAACCGAUCACACCUCAAUCCUCGCUACCCCUCUCACCCGCGUCACCACUCUCCCCAACGGCCUCCGAGUUGCCACCGAGUCAACCCUUGCCUCCAAGACCGCUACCGUCGGUGUAUGGAUCGACGCCGGAAGUCGGUUCGAGACCGAUGAGACCAACGGAGCUGCUCAUUUUCUGGAGCAUAUGAUUUUCAAGGGGACUGAGAAGAGGACCCCGAGGGAAUUGGAGGAGGAGAUUGAGAAUAUGGGGGGGCAUUUGAAUGCAUAUACUUCGAGAGAACAGACUACGUAUUAUGCUAAGGUUAUGGAUAAGGAUGUGCCUAGAGCUUUGGAUAUAUUGGCGGAUAUAUUGCAAAAUUCCAAGUUUGAUGAGAAGAGGAUUAGCAGAGAGCGUGAUGUGAUUUUGAGGGAGAUGGAGGAGGUUGAAGGCCAAACAGAGGAAGUUAUUUUCGACCAUUUGCAUGCAACCGCUUUCCAGCACACGCCUUUAGGCAGAACCAUUCUUGGUCCUGCUCAAAAUGUCAGGACUAUCACCAAAGAUCAUCUUCAAAAGUAUAUAUUGACACACUACACUACAUCCAGAAUGGUAAUUGCUGCUUCUGGAGCUGUGAAGCAUGAGGACCUUGUUGAGCAAGUGAAGAAGUUGUUUACCAAAUUGUCAUCGGAUCCAACCACAACUUCUGAAUUAGUUGCUAAAGAGCCGGCAAUUUUUACAGGUUCCGAGGUGAGGAUCAUUGAUGAUGAUAUGCCUUUAGCACAAUUUGCGGUUGCUUUCAAUGGGGCUCCUUGGAUGGAUCCAGAUUCCAUUGCUUUGAUGGUCAUGCAGUCUAUGUUGGGAUCCUGGAAUAAGCAUGCAGGUGGUGGGAAGCACAUGGGUUCUGAGCUUGCACAGAGGGUUGGCAUAAAUGAGAUUGCUGAGUCCAUGAUGGCAUUUAACACCAACUAUAAGGACACUGGUCUUUUUGGCGUUUAUGCCAUUGCUAAGCCUGAUUGUGUUGAUGAUUUAGCCUAUGCUAUUAUGUACGAGCUGAGCAAGUUAUGUUAUCGAGUUUCGGAAGCUGAUGUUACUCGUGCUCGUAACCAGUUGAAAUCUGCUCUGCUGCUUCACUUGGAUGGAACCAGUCCUAUUGCUGAAGAUAUUGGGCGCCAGCUACUUACAUAUGGACGAAGAAUCCCGUACGCAGAAUUGUUUGCCAGGAUCGAUGCUGUUGAUGCUAGCACUGUCAAACGUGUUGCAAACCGUUUUAUUUUUGACCAGGAUGUUGCCAUUGCUGCCAUGGGGCCUAUCCAGGGUCUACCCGAUUACAACUGGUUUAGACGCAGGACCUACUGGCUCCGUUACUAGGUUCUUUUCUUCUGUUGGGUUUUCUUCUUUGUUUUUGCUCACUGUUUAACCUUCUCAAAUCAAAUUGUCUAAAAAAAAUCUUGACAGGCCCCUUUGAGGGUGGCCUUUUUAUUUAUCUUUUUUUUCUGGAUUUUCUUUCCUGUAAUAUGCCUCCAUCAGUCGAAAAUAAAUAUAUGCUGGAUUCAGUUAUUUGAGCCAAGGGAGAUCCAAUUGUAUUCCAUCCCAUCAAGUUGGUUGUAGCCAGGCAGGCAUUGAACGUUUGAUUGUUUUUGAGAUGCCGCUCUCCUGUAAUUAUUCAAAUAGUCUGCUGA